GUGACAUUUUAAAGGCGUCAGAAGAUCAACAUCUUCCAACCUGUGGGAGUGUGUGUCACACGCCUCCAUAUGCGUCUGCACUCGGUGGAACUAAGGUCGUACUUUCACAUCGGCAUGUUUGAGAUAACGCUGUAGAGAUGCAACACAUAGUGACGAGAUGGGGAUGGACACAGCUAAUCAUUUUUUGCUUUAUGAUCACAGGAACUCGCUGCCUGGUCACGGUGGACCAGCCUCCUCUGCUCACUGCUGCUCUGGGUGACAACGUCUCGUUGCCGUGUUUUAUUCAUCUGUCCCCCGAUGAGACAAUGGUGAUCCUCCCGGUUCUGUACUGGGAGUACUAUAAGAACAGAACCAGCAAGAACUUUUACAAACUGUGGAUUCCCUCUGAGGAAUACACAGGGCGAGUCGACCUUGCGGAUAAAGGUCGGAAUACUUCUGACAAGUCUGUGGUCUUGAGGGAUGUCCGGUGGGAAGACAGCGGGACGUACCUGUGCAAACUCUCCAUCACCACACGGAGGGGGAGCUUCAGGAGCAGGGGAAAUAAAACUUUGCUCAACGUUUAUGACACCAUGGCGUUUAACGCCACCGCUCACAACGGCUCCCUGCUCAGCUGCGAGGUGAACGUGACCUACGACCCCAGAUUAGUCCUGUCCAUUUCCCUAAACGGGUACCCACUCCGGCCCAACGACUCUUCCAGGGUAAACGCAAAAGAGGCCCAUCCCUUCGUCACCCUCAGUGAGACCGUCCCCCUGAGCAUCCACGGAGAAUACGUGUGUGAGCUGCACCUGAACCGGGAUCUCAUAACCAAAAGUGUCCUCCACCACCCUCCACCUGCUGGAGUUGAUGGGGACGGUGCAUCGGAGCGAGGUGAGUUUCCAGAGCCCUGGCUCCUGUACGUGUCUCUCCUCCUGGUGCCCAUCGUCGUCCUGCUGAGCCUCCUGACUGCACUGCUGGUGUGCAGAUGUUGCCCAACAUCUGGAUGAAACGGAAAGACUCUGCCUGGGGCAUCUUCAUAUGGAUAAAAAGUCUAGUUAAAAAAGGGAAGCACUUUGAAUGUAAAUACUGUAUCCUGAAUGUAUAACUUAUCCUGCUCCGUCAAAUUUUAAUUCAGGGGCACAACCUGCCUGCAGUUGUCUCGGGACGUGUACAGAUGGGUGAUACUGUGCAAAAAAUGCAUUAAAGGAAGCCAAAUAAUUAUUUAUUUUAAAGUGGGGGUUUUCCUGAUUAAAGAAAGCCACAAACACACUCUGUUUAUGUUAUCAAGGAAACCUUUUACAUGUCUAUCAUGUACACUGUCUAUACUGCAUGGAGAGAUUCUGGACAGAUCUCAUGUUGAUACACAAAUCCAAACCCACUUCUAAUGUAUGACUGUGUAUUCUGUGUGUUCGCUAUUUGGUUUUAUUUAUUUAUUGCUUA